CAAACAUCCGGAUUCUUGUAUCCAAAUUAAACAGAAGACCAGCGAAAGUCAGAAUAAAUGCAAGUCUUUCGUUGUGAUGGAAGUGAUUACUUCUAAAUGAGUUCAUCCAAUCGCAGCCAUAUUUAAGUGAUGUGUCCAACAGUUCCAAGAGUUGUCUUCGUGUGAAAUCACUUUCAUCUGAAGACAACAACUUGUAUUGACAACAUUUGGCACACAAUUUAGUGCCCAAAUGUGUUGUGAUAUACCACUUGUGGUCAUGUAUUUGACACUCAAGACAAAUGUUGACAGAGUGUUGACUCAUGAGGAAUGUCUAUGAAUUGGUCCACAACUACAACAAACAACACAUCAUUUGAUCUCAAUUUUCAUUCGAAUCGCAAAUCGCUUUGAACUUCGCGUCAUUCUAUCAUAUAUUCAUUUUUAGACCUUUUAGAAGAUAUGAAUGUCUAACAAGUGAUGCAAUAUUUGUAUAUAAAAAGGAACCAAAAGUUAUUUGAAGCCUUUGACUAAUUUUAGCGCUAAUAAUACAACACUUGAAGACAACACUCGAGUUGUGUUCAAAUGAAUCCAAUGACCACUUCUUCAGCCAAAUAUGGCUUUCCUUUUAUUGCAUACGAUAUUCAGGAACAGCUUAUGGAUGCACUGAUUCAUGUGUUGGAUAAUAAUAAAGUGGCAAUCAUUGAGAGCCCCACCGGUACGGGAAAGUCACUGUCCAUCAUAUGUGCUGCUCUUCACUGGAUUCAACACAACGAAGAUAACCAACUAAUAGAUUGCACUCAACGGUUGCAAAGUCUUAAUGAAGAGAUUGACAGACUCGACGCACAAAUCAAAGUAAGUGACCAUUGGAUUCAAUUGCAACACUCGAAGACCACACUUUGUCAGCAAAAAGAGACAAUCGAUAAACAAUUAAAAGCGUUUAAUAUGAAGAAAGAGAGAAAUCAGUGUCUUAUUGAUAAAAGAAAUAAUUCAUUUGUCAAACAAAAAGUUGAUUUAAUUAACAAAUCUGUGACUAAAAAAUUAAAAACAUCUUCUAAUACGACGCAAGACUUAAUAAACAGUUUGAGUGACAAUGAUGUCGAAGAUAAUCUGAUUGUUGAUUAUAACAGUGACGAUGAAGUGGUCGAUAAUAAGGAUAAGACCGAUGAAGAAGAGAAUUAUAUUCGACCGAAGAUUUAUUAUUGCAGUCGAACUCAUUCACAACUCUCACAAUUUAUUUCUGAAAUCAAAAAGACUAUAUAUUCGCGACAACAAAGACCUGUCCGAUCGGUUCCGUUGAGCUCAAGAAGUAAUUACUGUAUUAAUAAUAGCGUUUCAAGACUUAGUAAUAACAGUUUAAUUAACGAGAAAUGUAUUGAAUUACAAAAUUCAAAUAAUAGUCAAAUGAAAUGCCAAUUCUUGAAGAAUACUUUAAUUAAUGAAUUUAAAGAUGAAGUGUUAGCUGAUGUUAUGGAUAUUGAAGACAUUACUAAAUUAGGUAAAGGAGUUAAAGCCUGUCCUUAUUAUAGCACACGAAUGGCUAUUCCUGAGGCAGAAUUGGUUAUUCUUCCGUAUAAUAUAUUACUUCAUUCAGCGACCAGAGAGUCAUUUGGUAUUAAUCUUAAAGAUAGUGUUGUUAUUGUAGACGAAGCACACAAUCUUAUGGAAACUAUUUAUAACAUUCAUAGCAUUGAUAUCAAAGGAUCGCAUGUUUUAGAUUGUUUGACACAACUUAAUAGUUAUCUAACGAAAUAUAGGACUCGUUUGAGUGCCAAAAAUACAAUGUAUAUCAAACAAAUUGUUUUCAUUUUAAAUCAAUUGAUUAAACAUUUCAAAAAAUGUUCACAAAAUACUUCACAAAAUGUUGACAAUAGUGUAAACUUUAUGAUUAGUGUUGGUAUUGAAAACUUGAAUUUAUAUAAAAUUCUUGAUUACUGCCAAAAGAGUCGAAUCGCACGAAAACUUUUUGGUUUUAAUGAAAAUCACAAGAAAUUUAUUAAACCAGAAAAUACCGAUGAAGUUGACAAACAACCUAUUAAUGGUACUAAAGCUUUCUUGGCUAAGAUUAAGGCUAAAGGAAAGUCUAUUAAUGUUAAAACUAUUAAUACGAGUAAUACGAAUGAUCAAAACAAUGAAGAAAUCAAAACUUUUGGAUCUCCUCUGUAUGUGAUUCAAGAGUUUUUAAGAGCAUUGAUAACAACCAAUUCAAAUGCAAAGGUUAUUACAAAUUGUGAUAAAGAAUCGAUUAGAAACUCUAGUCUUAAAUAUAUUAUAUUAAAUCCCUUUACACACCUUAAAGAUAUCAUAAAUGAAUGUCGAUCUGUAGUUCUGUGCGGCGGAACAAUGAAACCAUUUGAAGAAUAUAUCGACCAUUUAUUUAAGCCAUUAGGUGUUCCGUUGGACCGAAUAUUUACGUUUUCAUGCGGUCACGUCAUUCCCGAUUCAAAUUUAGUAACAAUAGCUCUAGGAAUGGGACCAAAUAAUAGACAACUGAACUAUACAUUUCAAAAUAGAAAUAACAAUGAGUUAAUUGAAGAGACAGGAAGAACAGUUGCCAACUUAUGUACUGUUAUUCCCAAUGGUUUGAUUUGUUUCUUCCCUUCUUAUGACUUCCAAGACCUUUAUUACAAUGUAUGGCAAAAGUUAGGUAUUUUGAAGACUAUUGAAUCUAAAGGAAAGACCUUAUUUCGAGAGCCAAAGAAAGCAUCUUUUGUGUCAAAAGUUCUCUCAGACUAUAACCUGGCUAUCAUUGGAUCCAACAAAAAGGGUGCGCUUCUCAUGUGUGUAGUCGGCGGCAAAAUGAGUGAAGGCAUUAAUUUUAGUGAUCAUUUGGGUCGUGGAGUUAUUGUUGUGGGUCUACCCUAUGCUAACAAAAAUUCAAUUGAACUCAAAGAGAAAAUCAAUUAUUUUAAUUCAUUUAAAGCUAAUUCUGGAAACGAAUUUUACGAAAAUUUGUGUUUGAAAGCCGUUAAUCAGUCCAUUGGAAGAGCGAUUCGCCAUAAAAAUGAUUUCGCAGUUAUUGUUCUAUUGGACAGUAGAUAUAGAUAUAAGGAAAAUAUAAAACAAGGACUUCCAGAUUGGAUCAGUUCACGAAUCAUCUCUUGUGAUAACUUUGCAAAAGCAUUGUCUUCUGCUAAACAAUUCUUUCAAAAUAAAUGACUACUUA